AUGGCUACCAUAAGCAGUCUAUCGCAGGAGCUCAUCUGCCGCAUUGCAGAGUUCCUGCCGCAAAGACAUGACUACUCUAAUUUACCCGUCCUGAAACGUCCUACUGGGCCCAAUCCCUCGCAGCUGCCGCCCUACGCCUGCGUCUCGCGCCCGUGGCAACAUGCCAUAGAACGUCGCACUUUCGAGGCUGUCACCAUCGACAGCAACCAUGUCGCCGACCUUGCUCGCGUUCUGGUCGCCCAUCGACGCCAUCUACUGCGGGUCCUCACAUACAACCUCGUGAUUCCCCCGUACGUCCAGAAGAAUAUCGCCGCUACUCGUGCCAUACAUGACUUGUUUGCCCUUCUGAGCUCCUGGGGCGUCGACGCAGCCGGUCAAACGAUGCGACUGAACAUCGGCAUCGCAUACCCGGAUCGCCCUCAGACGUUUCAACCAGUGGUAGUAUUCGACGACGUGGAAGAGCUGCCGUCGAUAACUCACAUCACGGAACUGGAGUUCGUCCGCCAUCAGCGCUGCAAUUUCGACAGCCCAUCGGCCGCCCGGCUCGCUGCAAAGCUUCCCUGCCUGGUGAAAGCAUGGCUAUCCAUCCACGACGAUCCCCAGCUGAUGUCGACGGCCGAGAGGCGUGCGAUGCGGCUUUCGCUCGCGCAAGCCCUGCCGGCCCUGACCUCGUCAUCCCUGACGAGCCUCCACAUCGACGCCCCCGACUGCGCUCCCCAGGACGAGGCCUUCGAGCCGCCGCGCCUCAGCGAUGCCGGCGGCGCCGCCGACCCUCUCAGCCUCGCCCUGCAUCGCCUUUCGCUGUCGCCGCACCUCGCGACCCUCCGCAUCUCUGGCGCCCUCACCAUCGACCCCUCCCUGUUCUGGCCACCACCACCACCACCCGACGCCGGCGGCUCCACAACCCCGCCGCCAUCCUGGCCCAGCCUUACCACCCUCGUCGUCAAGUUCUCCAUGGUCGCUCCGGAUGGCGGCUGGUACUUCACUGGCGCGCCCGGCCAGGUCCCUCCCGAUGACAACGACUCCGACGACGACUCCUUGGACUCAGACCCCUCGUGGGACUUCGGCGCCACGCAGCGAACCUCGACCCGGGCCAUCGCCGCCGGCAUGUAUCCGACCAGGUGGUUCCGGCGCACGCCCGACGCCGCGCGCAUCAACCCGCUCUUCCUGGCCGUCGCGCGCGCCGCUUCGCGCAUGCCGCGGCUAGAAUGGCUGGAGGUCAGCGUGCGGGCGCGGUGCGGCGGCGGCAAAGAAGGAGAAGCAGCCAAUAUGGUGUGUGAGACGGCCGUCGUCGGGCCGGGCAGGCGGCAUCGGCUGGACAAGCGGUUCGGCCGCGAGGCAUGCAGGGACCGCGAGAGGGUUUACGUUUCGGUGCCGGGGAUGGUGGGGCUGCUUGAUGGGCGUAUUGUGGAUGUCUGGAGCGAUGGGGGACGACGGCUUGUUAGAGUGGUGGACACGUGA